UAGCAGAGUUUCUGAUAAAAUAACUCUGAGCUGAGUCUCCAGAAUUCAAGUUUUCCAACAUGUUCCCAGUUCCAGAGAUGAAAAUUGAGAACCUUUUCUUUAGAGAAACUUCUUUUCUUUAGAAAACAUCUAAAACAAUUUCUAAACAAAGUUUCAUGUGCAGUAUUAUUUCCAGAAAUCAAAAAGUUCUGAGCCUUGAGAACAAGAGUAACUUGAUAAGCCUAGAUAUAAACCUGUCUAACUGGGGUCUUAAAAGUGAUCCAAAACCUAAAAAUGGCAUUACCUCAAGGCCAAGAUGACUGGUGCAAAGAAGACUCUAUUCAGCUGUUGGAACGCAUGGAGGAUAACCUAUCUGAUGAUGAUAACACGUUCAAAACCACCCAGUCAAAACUGGACUGGGAUAAAAUUGCUUUUAAAGACUUUUCUGGAGAGACAUGCAAACUGAAGUGGUUACAGAUUUCUAACAAUUUGAGAAAAUUUCGUACAUUGAAAGAAUUGGUCUUGGAUGCCAAGGAACGUGUUGGAAAACCUUACAAAAGGAAAAGUUGCAAAAGACAUCAUGACCUACCCAAGAAGCCUUUAACUGCUUACUUCCGAUUCUUCAAGGAGCAGAGGCUCCAGUAUUCACAAAUGCACCCCCCACUGAACAGUAAGGAACUGACCAAAGUGCUGUCUAAGAAAUACAAGGAACUCCCAAAGCAGGAAAAAGAAAAAUACAUCCAAGAUUUCCAAAGGGAGAAACAGGAGUUUGAGCAGAAACUGACUCAGUUCAGAGAAGAGCACCCUGACCUAGCCCCGAACAGCAAGAGGAGGAGACCAGUAAAAGGACAAAAGAAGGGUCAAGAAAAUGUACAAGAUAUGGAUUCUUUGCCUAAAAGUGGCUUUCCCCAUAGGAUACUAUUUCAUGGAGAGCCCCCAAAGCCCCCCAUGCAUGGAUAUUAUAAAUUCCAUCAGGAUUUGUGGUCAAGUGAGGAGCUGCAAGACGUGCCCCUGAAAAAGCGCAUGGUGGAGAUAUGCAGGAGGUGGCAGAGAGUCCCCCAGAGCCAGAAGGAGCUCUAUGAGCAGGAAGCCAAGGACCUUCAGGUACAGUAUAAGACAGACCUGGAUCGCUGGCUCAGGACUCUUUCCCCUCAGGAGUAUGCCGCAUACAGAGAGAUAUCCUAUGCUAAACCUAAGUCCAUGGGCGUGAAGGGAGACCAAAACACCAACUUCAGUCUCCAAUCCUCAUUUGUAAGGGACAGAUUUGGAGAAGAGCCGGGCCUGCAAGCUCCAGGGAUAGAAGAAUCAUCAGGAAAUAGUGAAGAUGAUUCUUAUGUCUGUGUGGAUUAGCAGAAAAUAAGGAAGAUGGAGAAGAUGAGGGACGCAGCCAGCCUCAGACUCCAGUGGAGAUGAAGAGGGACACAUGGAGGCAGAGGCCUACCUCUUGGAGACUUUUUAAAUACAGACAGGCUAGGUUGACCCUAGCAGAGGAAGACAGAACUUGAAACAAAAGUCUGAGAGGCUCAAACUGAAGGACUCCUCUCUCUGGCCUUUCCUAUGUUUUCUUUCCUUCCUUCCUUCAUGUAAAGUUUAAAACUGAUUACAAAGAAGGAAAGUGGGGCGGUGCUUCCGGAACGCCUGCUGUCUAGUAUUGUUGCUACGCAUGGAGAAGCUCCGUGCAAUCACGAUGUUGGCAUAAACAUUGAGAGCACUGCGUCACGCUGGAUCAGACUGUGGGAAACCGUUCUCAAGUGUUCUUCCGGAGAUAGGUCCAGGUGUCCUACCUGACCUGGAAGUUUUCCUCAGGACUCAUGGACUCUAAGGCAGAUUUGGUUAUAUGCAGGGAGGACAGUUGCCUUUGAGAAACUUGUCAAAUCCUCGCAUUUCUCUCCCUCUUCUGAAGUAAGGAGUGACCAUCAUCUAUCUUGUUUGUGAGCACCUGCAUUUUUGUAUGUAUAUUUUUUAUAUGUCAAUGAA